CCUCAGGCGACCGGAUUUGUCUUCUAACCUAGGAUUCUACAGAUACACCGACUUGCAGCCGGUGGGAAUGGGCGCCUUUGGUCUUGUCUGUUCGGCGCGGGAUCAAUUGACCGGGCAACCAGUCGCCGUCAAGAAAAUCAUGAAACCCUUCAGUACACCUGUUUUGUCCAAGAGAACCUACCGCGAAUUAAAACUGUUGAAACACCUGCGACACGAAAAUAUUAUUAGUCUGAGCGACAUCUUCAUCUCCCCGCUUGAGGAUAUCUAUUUCGUCACAGAGCUUCUCGGCACCGAUCUGCACAGACUGUUAACUUCGCGGCCUCUGGAGAAGCAGUUCAUCCAAUAUUUCCUUUAUCAGAUUCUGCGGGGUCUGAAAUAUGUCCACUCAGCCGGCGUCGUCCAUCGUGAUCUUAAGCCCAGCAACAUCCUCAUCAACGAAAACUGCGACUUGAAAAUCUGCGAUUUCGGUCUUGCCCGCAUCCAGGAUCCCCAGAUGACCGGCUACGUGUCGACUCGCUAUUACCGCGCGCCCGAGAUUAUGCUCACUUGGCAGAAGUACGAUGUGGAGGUAGACAUUUGGAGCGCAGCAUGCAUUUUCGCCGAGAUGCUGGAAGGAAAGCCUCUAUUCCCUGGAAAGGAUCACGUCAAUCAGUUCUCGAUCAUCACAGAGCUUCUUGGAACUCCCCCAGAUGAUGUGAUUCAGACAAUUUGCAGCGAGAAUACUCUGCGAUUCGUCAAGUCGCUGCCCAAGCGUGAGCGCCAACCUCUUGCCACCAAGUUCAAGAAUGCGGACCCCGAUGCGGUCGAUCUCUUGGAGAAAAUGCUUGUCUUCGACCCGAAGAAGCGAAUCCGCGCUGGCGAAGCCCUUGCACACGAAUAUCUCGCCCCCUAUCACGACCCCUCCGAUGAACCUGAGGCCGAGGAGAAGUUCGACUGGUCAUUCAACGAUGCCGACCUCCCUGUGGACACAUGGAAGAUCAUGAUGUAUUCGGAGAUUCUUGACUUCCACAACAUCGACCAAGGCAACGACGCUGGCCAGGUGCUUGUCGAGGGGGCUGCGGCCGGGCAACAGAGCUUUGCAUGAGGAGAGGUUCCCGUCUAAAAACCACCCUUGACGAGGCGCAUGC